GGCCAUGAGACCCCCAUGACCAUCCCUGAAUUUUUUCGGGAGUCAGUCAGCCGAUUUGGGACUUACCCAGCCCUUGCAUCGAAGAAGAAUGAACAGUGGGAAGUUCUGAAUUUCAACCAGUAUUACGAGGCUUGUCGGAAGGCAGGGAAGGCCAUGAUGAAGUUGGGCUUGGAGCCUUUCCACUCGGUCGGUAUCCUGGGGUUUAACUCCGUCGAGUGGUUGAUCGCUGCUCUUGGUGCCAUCUUAGCAGGGGGCUUCUGCGUUGGUAUUUACGCCACCAACUCCACGGAUGCCUGUCAAUACGUCAUUACUCAUGCCAAAGUGAACAUCCUGAUGGUGGAAAAUGACAUGCAGUUGCAGAAAAUCCUUGCGAUUCCAAAGAGCAGGAUGGAGACCCUAAAAGCAAUCAUCCAGUACAAAGUGCCAGUGAAGGAGAGCAAAUCUAACAACCUGUAUUCUUGGGAUGAUUUUAUGGAACUUGGGAGAAGCAUCCCCGAUGCCCAGCUGGACCAGAUCAUAAGGAACCAGAAGGCCAACCAGUGUGCUGUGAUCAUCUACACCUCUGGGACCGUAGGCAACCCCAAGGGGGUGAUGCUCAGCCAUGACAACAUCACGUGGAUGGCGGGAGCUGCAGCGAGGGAAUACAAUCUGGCUUACGCCUGCGAAAGGCAGGAGGUGGUGGUCAGCUACCUUCCUCUCAGCCAUAUUGCAGCUCAGAUGAUGGAUGUGUGGAUACCCAUGAAGGUUGGGGCUUUCAUCUACUUUGCUCAACCAAAUGCACUCAAGGGCACCUUGGUCAACACUUUGCAGGAGGUAAAGCCUACCGCCUUCCUGGGCGUGCCCCGAAUUUGGGAGAAGAUGCACGAGAAGAUAAAGGAAGCUAUUGACAAAUCUUCAAGCUUGAGGAAAAAGGUGUUUUCAUGGGCAAGAACUACUGGCUUCAAGGUCAACACAAAAAGGAUGAUGGGGAGACAUGACACUCCCGUGAGCUACCGCAUGGCAAAGGCCCUCGUGUUCAGCAAAGUCAAGAGCUCCGUUGGCCUGGAUCACUGCCACAUUUUCAUCAGUGGGGCCGCACCCCUCAAUCAAGAGACUGCUGAAUUCUUUCUGAGCCUGGACAUACGUAUUGGCGAGGCAUAUGGCAUGACCGAAAGCUCAGGACCCCACACCCUGUCCAACCACGAGAACUACAAGAUCCUAAGCUCUGGAAAAGUCAUCCCUGGGUGUAAGAACAUGUUGUACCAGCAGACCAAGGAUGGUGUUGGGGAAAUCUGUCUCUGGGGCCGUCACAUCUUCAUGGGCUACCUGGAGAGGGAGGAUGCGACCAUGGAGGCCAUCGAUGAGGAAGGCUGGCUCCACUCGGGGGACCUGGGCCGCAUGGACAACCAGGGUUUCCUCUUCAUCACAGGCCGCAUCAAAGAAAUUAUCAUCACUGCUGGCGGCGAGAACGUGGCCCCCAUUCCCAUCGAGAAUUUGGUGAAGGAGAAGAUCCCCAUCGUCAGUAAUGCCAUGCUUGUGGGAGAUAAGGCCAAGUUUUUGAGCAUCCUGUUGACACUGAAGUGUGAGUUCGACAAGAUGACCGGAGAGCCACUGGACAAACUCACCUGGGAGGCCAUCAAGUUCUGCCGGGAUGUGGGCAGCCAGGCGUCCACUGUGACUGAGAUCUUGGAGCUGCAAGACCCCCUGGUCUACACGGCCAUCCAGAAAGGCAUAAAUGCUGUGAAUCAGCAGGCCAUCUCCAACGCUCAGAAGAUUCAGAAGUGGGCAAUCUUGGAGAAGGACUUUUCCAUCAGUGGCGGAGAGCUAGGUCCAACGACAAAGAUUAAAAGGCACUUCAUAAUCCAGAAGUACAAAAAGCAAAUUGACAACUUCUACCUCUGAUUUCUCUGGCGGAGCU